CUACUUGCUACUAGUGAGUGACAUGAACAGAUCGGAAAUGGAACUGCACAACGAUAGUGCUAAAAGACAAUCAUACUGUGGAUUUUGGCACAAUCUACCAGAACGCCUAUCUGGAGCGAUAGAAUACUUUUUUUAUCGGCUUGGAGUGCGUAUUGCUCAAAAUCCAUUCAAAUGGAUGCGCGGAUGUCUCGUGGUAACAUUAAUCUGUUGCCUUGGUCUAUUUCGUUUCCGGCAGGAAAAGAAUAUAGUUAAACUAUGGAUUCCACCAGAUUCUGACUUUGCAAAAGCUACCGAAUGGUUAAUGUCGCAUUACCUGGAGACUUUGCGAAUUCAAACAUUUAUUUUAACUGGCGAUAACGUUUUAGAACAGCAAACACUUAUUAGGUUAAACGAGAUCACUAAACAAAUAAUUUCUAGUCAGACACCAAUCGAAAACAUUUCUUGGACCGAUGUCUGUAUGAAGGUUCCUAUUAUCUCUGGUGCUAUGUCCAGAUUUAAGAGACAAAGUUCUCUGUUAGGAGACGAUUUAUAUGAUGACAAUCUUGCUUCUAAAAAUAAUCAAACGUUUGAACCCGCCGUUCAUAUUGAUAGUAAUAUGUAUUGCAGCAUAAUUGAGAGUUUACGGAAGGGUUGUCUUUUGAUUAGUAUAUUGGAUAUAUGGAAUUUUGAUAGUGCUAAAAUUGCAAAAGAUUCCACAGAAGAAAUUAUUACAAAGAUAAAUACAAUAAAAGUGAGUCCCACAUUGGGUUACACCUUGAAUUUCAGUGAGCUUCUGGGAAACGUAACUCUAGAUGAAAGAAAUAGAAUUAUUGCAGCGACAACUAUAAGGACUAAUCUAAUAGUUCAUGUUAGUUUUUUUAAUGUGGACAUGAAUAAAAUUGGAAACAUGGCGGGAACUACUGAUUUGGUAAGAGAAUUCAACGAUUAUUGUAAAACGGAAGGGAUUAAACAUUUAACAAUAACUACGGGAUUACCAAGAGCGAACGGGCAGGUAGAAAGAUUGAAUAGAACGAUCAUAUCAGUACUUUCCAAAUUGACGAUUGAAGAUCCCACUAAGUGGUAUAGACAUGUCGGAAAACUACAACAAAUAUUGAAUUCCACUCAUAACCAUAGCAUAAAUUCUACACCUUUUGAUUUACUGUUUGGAGUAAAAAUGCGUGAAAGAACAGAUCUAGAAUUGAAAGAGAUAAUAGAAUUGGAAUUUCAAUCACAAUUUGAGGAAGAGCGUAAUCAAUCUAGAAUAAAAGCGAAAGAACAAACAUUGAAAGUACAAUCUGAAAAUUGUAAAACCUAUAAUCUUAGACGUAAGACAGCGCUGAAACAUAAUAUCGGAGACUUGGUUGCCGUAAAACGAACUCAACUGGGUCCAGAAAGAAAGUUACGAGCGAAAUAUCUAGGCCCGUAUCGUAUUGAAAAGACUAAGCCUAAUGACAUAUAUGAUGUAAGUAGAGUAGGAGAACAUGAGGGACCAGCGCAUACUUCUACGUGUGCUGAAUAUAUUAAACCGUGGAAUACGAUCUUACCAGUAUUACGGUCAUUUUGUAUUUAUGCUGCAGUAGCAAUAUUUGUGACACUUUUAUUUCAAAUUACAUUUUUUACUGCCUGCUUUGCUUUGGAUGCUAAAAGAAUAGAACAAAAGAGAAAUGGGACAUUACCGUGUAUCGUGCAUGAAAAUUUUACGUCCAAAUCAUCAGACGUAAGCAGUACAUUCUCUUGGAAAUUGAUAAACUUCUUGUAUUCACGGAUACUGUUGACUACUCCGGGAAAAAUUAUUAUUGUAUUAAUUACUCUUCUAAUGAUGUCCACAAGUAUUGUGGGUUUACUUCAGCUACAACAAUGGUUUGAUCCAAAGUGGUUAUUACCGAAAGAUUCGUAUUUGUACCAAUAUACAGCUGUCCGAGACGAAGCAUUUCCCAAUCAAGGAUAUGAAGCCUUCGUUAUUAUGGGAGAUGAUAUUGAUUAUUCUUUUGAAUUUUCUAAGAUAAUAUCUAUGACCGAACGCUUACAGAAUGCGUCUUUUGUACAAAGUCUAGAACCUUGGCCGAUUGACUUCGCAAAAUUUGUGUCGAUGUAUUAUGCUACAGAUUUAAGGACUACAAAGAUCUCAGACAACAAAUUCCAUCGUUAUCUGUCGCAAUUUCUAUUUAGUCGAGAUGGUGCCAAAUAUCAGAGAAAUUUCUUUUUUAAAACGAAAUUGAGGUGUGGUAGGAAUACCCCUCAAAUCGCAGUAGCAAGCAUUGAAUUCAACUUUAAACGAUUAGAGAGACCUUACGAGUGUGUUUCAGCGAUGGAUAAUAGUAUAUUCUUAACGAAUGAAGCGCAAAUUCAUGGAUAUGUUACUGUGUGGUGCAAAAUGUUCGCAUAUUGGCUUUCCGAUAAACUAAUAGGUAAAGAACUAAUGCGAAACAUCAUACUGGCAUUAAUUUGCGUUAUGGGUACCACAGCAAUCCUCAUCGCCGAAAUGCAGACUUGUUUUUGGAUCUUACUCUGUGUACUUCUCACACUGCUGAACAUUUCCGGAUUUAUGUAUUUCUGGGGACAAACAAUAAACAUUGUGUCCAGCAUUGGUCUUCAGUUAGCCAUUGGUUUAAGUGUGGAUUAUGCCGCACACGUCGCACAUGCUUUCCUCAAGGCCGAAUCACGAGAGGAUGACGACAAUCCUCGCAGGACUCGAGCAUUGAUUGCAGUCAGACAUAUCGGCGCAGCGGUUAUACAUGGUGCGAGUACAACCCUUAUCGCCAUUUUAAUGAUAUCCUUCUCGUCGUCCUUCGUGUACAUCGUCUAUUUUCGCAUAUUCUUCAUGGUAAUGUUGUUUGGGAUCUGGAAUGGAUUGAUCGUACUGCCGGUCGUGUUGAGCAGUAUUGGACCGCAAAGUUUACGUAUAACACCACCAUCACAACCAAUGUCCGAGAAGUUCAUUGCUGCAAUUAAUGAUGAAAAUUGAAAAGGAAAUAUAAACAGUUUGUUCAGAAAA